AUGGACGGAUUUCAUCCACAACCUGCUGGUCGGCCCAAGAACCGAGUUGAUCGGCCAGUCCGGCUGACACCAUCGAUGAUCCCUGAUGUGUCCAACUUUGACGCCAAGGACUCCUCAUUCUUCAACAACUGGAGCGAGCUACCUUCGCCUAGCGAAGUUCGGGGACUGGCGAAAAGACAGUGGGCUUCAGGGGCCAGUCUGGGCAAGCGCAAGUCCCUCUUAUACGGCGGGCGCCAUAUGAGACCACCACCCGCGUUGUUUGAGAAUAUGGGCCUGGUUGUCAAAUGGGGAGUUGAGGUGGGACUGCCAGAGGCCCAGUCUGCCUAUGCUGUUCACCGUUCCCUAAAAGGUCGCGUACCAGUUCCUGAAGUGUACGGAUGGCGCACAGACGGGGACGAGAAAUUCAUUUACAUGCAAUAUGUGCGGGGGCAAAACCUAGAGAAAGCCUGGGACUCACUGGAACACAUCGAACGCGAGUCAGUCUGCCAUCAGCUCCGGACAACAUUCGACAAUAUCCGGCAACUUGAAUAA